UCAAUGUUUUGUCGUUUGUGUUGAAGAAAGGAAGUGCUAGUGUUUAAUAUGCGUGACGAUUUAUGUAUUUAUUAAAUUAAAUUAAAAUAAAACAAGUUAAUAAAAAGCCAGUGAAAAUAAGCUAGAAGUGUCUUUAAUAUAAAAAGGAAACGUUCACCAAAAGAACGCGCAAUCUUCGUGAUUUAUACACAUUUUAUGGUUUUUUUUUUUAACGCCGAGUGCCAAGUAAUCGGUCGCAGACGUACCAGACAAAAAAUCCGAGCAGAUCGUAACAGAACCGAAAAUUGAUCUUUAAAUUUUAGUGCAACUAAAAUACAAGUGGAUACAGUUCACAAUUCAACAUCGAAACACCUAACUAUAUCCUCAACGUGAAUAUCUAUCGCCAAAAAACAUAAGCUGAGUUUUGUUUUUGUGUUUGUGUUAUUGCAGAAGCAGCGACAUCGGCAACGAAAAAAGUGCCUCCAAAUAGCACUACAUUACACAAGAAUUAAAUAGCAGAGAACAUGGCGAGUGAAAUCGAUGAACUAAUAGAAAAACUGAAGUCAACUUCAGUGAGUUCGGCCAACACCAGCGGCGAUAGCAAUAGCAACACCACCAACAACAUUCUCACAAAAAUAUCCGCUACAAAAGAUCCGAAACUAUUCGACAAGCAUGAGUUAGCUGAUCUAUUCAUGGCUCUUGCACAAUCAGAGGAAUCGAACAUAUGCAAGGAAGCUGCCAAAUGCAUUGCCGAAAUCACAAAAUCCGAAGUGCAACGUAAAAAGUUCACCAAACGUGAAAUAAUCGAAGUAUUUUUGAAUUGUCUACGUGAGUUGUCGGCCGAUAAGAAUCUGGAGUUGCCCAUACAAAUUUGUCGGGCGCUCGGUAAUAUUUGCUACUUGAACGAUGAGGCGCGCGAUCUAAUCCUAGAGCUGCAAGGUGACGAGGUACUAAUUCGAUUGCUCGAUAUAACACACAUUGGGGACACUGAGAAUGCGUUGCAGUUCAUUAAAGUGCGUGGCGGGCUACUUUCGAAUUAUCUACUCGGUGGCGAGGGUUUGGCCAAACGUGCUAUGGAGUUGCAAAUUAUGCAAAAACUACAACAGAUCAUCACAAUUGGAGUGGCUAAUGUUGAGGAACAUGAGGAUUUGCUAUUGAAUACUUUGCCAUUGCUCAGCAUACUCACUGAAAAUGUGGCCGAUUUGAAUUUCGAUGCGAAUCUCAAUAUUCAGCUGUCGCAUAUUUUGGCAGCCUCCACAAAUCCCGAUUUAGCGGAAAUGUGCCUUGAACUGCUGCAUUAUCAGGCGGAGAAUGAUGAUGUCAAAUUGCUAUUGGCAAAGGAUGGACUCUGCGAAACGAUCUACAAUCUGCUUGAGAAAUAUAAGACUUUGGCGAGUACCAGUGAGGCGCGUGCCCUAAUGAAAUUGGCGUGCGAAUUGAUUGUGUUGAUACUCACGGGAGACGAAUCGAUGCAUUAUCUUUAUUCUACGCCGCUUCUGAAGAGUAUGGAGGAUUGGCUUGAUUCACAGGAUAUCGAUCUACUCACCACCGGAGUGCUUGCAUUGGGUAAUUUCGCACGCACCGACAGCCACUGCAUUUAUAUGGUAGAAAAUAAGAUUAUGAAUAAAUUGCUCGAUGUGUUGGCCAAAAACAAUGGCGUCAAAGAUGAUGUGCGUCUCCAGCAUGCCUUACUGAGUGCGCUGCGAAACCUCGUCAUACCCAAACCAAACAAAAACGCUGUCAUACAAGCGGGACUUGUUGAAACUAUACUGCCGAUGUUGGAGAUACAUCAACCACCGGUAGUUUUUAAGCUGCUUGGUACUUUGCGCAUGACAGUGGAUGGUCAAGAAAAACUUGCCUUGGAACUGCUGCGCAAUAAAACGCUAAUCGAGCAACUUGUCCAUUGGAGCAAAUCUUCGGAUUAUGCUGGCGUUACUGGCGAAUCGUUGCGGCUCAUGGCAUGGCUCAUCAAACACGCCUACUUGGGUAGAAUUGCCUAUGCGCUGCCACGUAAAGGUGAUGCGCCUGUUGAACAUUUCGCCGACAAACUGCCACCAGAAGACUACGAUCGUAGCAGCUUAAAGGCGUUCAUUGCCAAUGAGGGCACUGUUGAGGCUAUGAUCAAUAUGUUGACAUCACAACAUUUAGUCAUGCAGAAUGAAGCGCUAAUUGCCUUAUGUAUUUUAUCUGUGGUCUACUUAACGAAUAGUAGUGCUGCUAAAGAAGACGAUGUUAAUCUGGAAGAGAUAUUCAUAAAACAUGAAGUUGGCAAAAAAUUAGCCGAGCUAAUACGUAAAUCAUCUGAUACAAUGACCAAGGAAAUUGUGGAAAAUUUGCAAAAUUUCAGUAAUCUCCUGCGCAUCUCUGGCAAUUUAGUGACGCAUUUAGAGGAAAACAAUAUCAAUGAGCUGCUGAAGUCAAUACCGAUACUGACGGAGUAUUGUACGCUCUAAAAAGAUGCACUACUAAAUGCGUAUACCGCUCGGGGUAGGGAGCUUACUAGUUAGGGAACUGGUGAGAGAUAUUUUAAUAGAAGGCUUGUAACGUGUAUCGAGGGCGAGACGAAAUUUUACUUAGGGAAAAGUGUUGGGCAAAUGCAAAUUGUUGAAAUUGUUGAAA